AUGGCGCCCUCCUUUGACACUCUGCGCGAUGCAGACCUCGACGAUGACUACGAUGAGUCCGAGAUCGACAUCAGCGACCUCAAGGAGCGCUUCGAUGUCCAGAUGACCCAGGGCUACGACACCUUCGUCGUCAUCGACGGCCUGCCCACCGUCACCGAGGAGCAGAAGCCCAAGCUGGUCAAGUUCCUGCUCAAGAAGCUGGCCGCCGCCGGCAAGACCAAGGAGGACAACAUCUUCAUGCCCAUGGGCGAUGACGGCAGGUCCCUGAGCUUUGCCUUCGUCGAGUACUCGUCGCCCCUCGAGGCCGCCGCCGCCGCGCGCCAGCUGGACCAGGUCGCCCUCGACAAGAGGCACACCAUGCGCGUCAACAAGAUGACCGACAUCGAGCGCUACGGCCGCGAGGGUCGCGUCGACGACGAGUAUGUGCCCCCCAAGAUCGACGACUUUGCCGAGAAGGAGCACCUGCGCUCCUUCCUCGCCGACCCCAGCGGCCGUGGCCGUGACCAGUUCGCCAUGUACCGCGGUGAUGCCGUCGGCGUCUUCUGGAACAACGAGAAGGACAUCCCCGAGAACAUUGUCGACCGCCAGCACUGGACCGAGAGCUUCAUCCAGUGGUCCACCCUCGGCACGUACCUGACCUCGGUGCACCAGCAGGGUGUCCAGCUCUGGGGUGGUGACUCCUGGUCGAGGCAGAAGCGCUUUGCCCACCCCUUUGUCAACAUGCUCAGCUUCUCCCCCACCGAGAGGUACCUGGUGACCUGGUCCAACCGUCCCAUCUCCAUCCCCGACGAGGGCCACCCCCAGCUCUCGGUCGAUGAUGACGGCAAGAACUACAUCAUCUGGGACGUCGAGACGGGCAAGCCGCUCCGUUCGUUCGCCAACCUGGACGUGCCCGCCGCCCCUACCCCUGAUGGUGCCGUCAAGGCUCCUCCCAAGUUCUCCUGGCCCGCUUUCAAGUGGUCCGCCGACGACAAGUAUGUUGCCCGCCUGGUGCCGGGCCAGUCCAUCUCCGUCUACGAGCUCCCCCGCAUGAACCUGCUCGAUAAGACUACCAUCAAGAUCGAGGGUGUCGUCGACUUCGAGUGGGCCCCCGCCACGCCCCAGAGAGACGGCAACAAGCAGUACGAGCAGCUGUUCUGCUACUGGACCCCUGAGCUGGGCAGCAAUCCCGCCAAGGUCGCCAUGAUGAGCAUACCGUCCAAGGAGGUCGUGCGAUCCCUAAACCUCUUCAGCGUCAGCGAUGCCAAGCUCCACUGGCAGUCCGACGCCUCCUACCUCGCUGUCAAGGUUGACCGUCACUCCAAGUCCAAGAAAUCGCAGGCUACUACCCUGGAGAUCUUCCGCGUCCGGGAGAAGGGAGUUCCGGUCGAGGUCGUGGACACUAUCAAGGACACUGUUAUCAACUUUGCCUGGGAGCCCAAGGGAGACCGGUUUGUCAUCAUCACCACAACGGAGCCCGUCGGCGCUACAGCCGUGCCUCCCAAGACCACCGCUUCCUUCUUCUGCCCGGAGAAGGCCAAGGGUAACGCCGUCGGCAACUUCAAGCACCUGAGGACGAUGGAGAAGAAGAACCACAACGCCAUCUACUGGUCCCCCCGCGGACGUUUCGUUGUGCUCGCCACCAUCGCCAACACACAGAGCAGUGACCUGGACUUCUACGACCUUGAUUUCGAGGGCGAGAAGCCCGAGGCCGAGAAGGACCUGACAGCAAACCUCCAACACACGAAGGGGGCCGACCACUACGGUAUCACCGAUCUGCAGUGGGAUCCCUCUGGUCGUUACGUUGCCUCGUGGGCAUCUGUCUGGAAGCACACCAUGGAGAACGGCUACCACAUCUAUGACUUUAAGGGUGAUCUGCUUCGCGAGGAGCCCGUAGACAAGUUCAAGUACUGGGCAUGGCGGCCGCGACCUGCCACUCUGCUUACCAAGGAGGAGCAGAAGCAGAUCCGCAAGAACCUGCGCGAAUACUCCAAGGUGUUCGAGGUAGAGGACGCUGAGCGCGUUGCCGGUGCCGAUCAGGCCGUGGUCGAAGAGCGCCGCCGCAUCCUGGAGGAGUGGCUGGCGUGGCGCGAGAGCGUGGAGGACGACCUGCGCUUCGAGAGACUCGACCUCGGCUUGCCCGAGACCGAGGAGAAGGCUCCCACGCCAAAGGCCGAGGAGGGCGAGGGAGAGGUUAUCGAAGAGAUCGUCGAGGAAGUCCUCGAGGAGACCGAGGAGAUUGUGCCGUAG